CCCUCCGCCCGCCCGCCCGCCCGCGCGCCCGCCCGCGUGUCGCCGCAUCCCCGCCACGCGUCUGGCAGCAUGAGGCCAGGGUUUAGUCCCCGAGGAGGAGGAGGAGGAGGCCGCGGCGGCGGCGGCGGCGGCUUCGGAGGCCGCGGCGGCGGCGGCUUCGGGGAGCGCGGGGGCCGCGGAGGCCGCGGAGGCUUCGGAGGCCGCGGAGGCCGCGGGGGCUUCGGAGAUCGAGGGGGUCGAGGAGGAGGACGAGGAGGAGGCUUCCGGGGAGGCCGAGGCGGCGGCUUCCAAUCCCCCGGUGGCCGAGGCAGGGGGACCCCCCGAGGCCGAGGUCGGGGGGGCCGCGGAGGCUUUCAGGGUGGCAAGAAAGUGACUGUGGAGCCACAUCGCCACGAAGGAGUCUUCAUCUGUCGGGGAAAGGAAGAUGCCCUGGUCACCAAGAACAUGGUCCCGGGAGAGUCUGUGUAUGGGGAGAAGAGGAUCUCUGUGGAGGACGGGGAAGUCAAGCUGGAAUACCGGGCCUGGAACCCCUUCCGCUCUAAACUGGCUGCUGCCAUCCUGGGGGGCAUCGACCAGAUCCACAUCAAGCCUGGGGCCAAGGUGCUGUACCUAGGGGCGGCCUCGGGCACCACAGUCUCCCACGUCUCGGACAUCGUGGGGCCGGACGGGCUGGUGUACGCGGUCGAGUUCUCCCACCGCUCCGGCCGGGACCUCAUCAACGUGGCCAAGAAACGGACUAACGUCAUCCCCGUCAUCGAGGAUGCGCGGCAUCCCCACAAGUACCGCAUGCUCAUCGGUAUGGUGGAUGUGAUCUUCGCCGACGUGGCCCAGCCGGACCAGUCCCGCAUCGUGGCCCUGAAUGCCCACAACUUCCUGCGCAACGGCGGUCACUUUGUCAUUUCCAUCAAGGCCAACUGCAUCGACUCCACCGCGGCCCCCGAAGCCGUGUUCGCCUCAGAGAUCAAGAAGAUGCAGCAGGAGAACAUGAAGCCUCAGGAGCAGCUCACCCUGGAGCCCUACGAGAGGGAUCAUGCCGUGGUGGUGGGCAUUUAUCGGCCGCCCCCCAAACAGAAGUAGCUGGACUGGACUGGACUGACGCCCCACCCCCAGCCCCAGCCCCGCCUCCUGCCGCUCUCCACCGGCCCAGGAUGGAGAGGGGAUGUGGGGGGGAGGGGAGGUGGCGCCUGACGCGGUGCCCCCCUCCCAGGACUGAUUCUCUGUCGAUCUUUGUACUUCGUGUAGAGCCGCACCCAACCGUCUAUUUUCUAUUAAAAGACAAAAACCACC